CAUUUCUGAACCUCCCAUCACCUUUCAUAAUGUUUCAUCUUCUGGUUCUAACAAACGUACUCGAAUCACUUUCUCCUCUUCUGAUGAAAACAAUAUUUCCAUACCCAAAUCAAUUGAUCCUAAAGUCCAGGCUUAUAUAGAUGAACAAAAAGCCAUUAUUGCAGAAUAA